UGGAGGUGUCUUUUUCUCCCGUUCACCUGCUGUUACCUCCACCACUUCCUAAUUUAAGCGGGGACCUUUGGUGUCUUCGCUAAUUGUCUGAUCGAUAAAGCUGCAUUUUCUCGCAAGAGAAACGGAAAAGGAGCUGGGGGUGGGCUGGGGAGAAGUGAAAGCAGCCACUGGCAGCAGUUCCUGUUCGUUUUGAGGGUGCAAAGGCAAAAGGAUUUUCUGGGGCUCCCUCUGUGGCGGGGGUAUUGUCCCCCCACCCCGUUUCCCACUUGGACAGCUACAUCUCAACGCAUCUGCUGCUUGGCCUUUCUCCGGAGAGAAGUCCUGCUGGGGGUCCCGGCAGGGUUGAAGGAUUCACAAGACCCACCGAGAGGGGGUCUGCUAGGCCACACAACAGAGAAGCUGGGCAGGGGUGGGGUGGGGGGAUAAAUCAAAGGGGUAUCUCUGAGAUUUCUUUAAUAGGAGGUGAAUCAUCUUCCCCUUCAGGGGCUUUGCCUUAGGGAGAAUGAGCAGUUGCAAACAGAACAGAGAGAGAGGAAAAAUUCUUUCUUAUGUAGAUUAGAUACCAUUGACCUUCCAGAAGCUCGGCUUGCUCUGAAACAGAGCAAAAUCAGAAAAUAACAGGGACUCCCUAUUAUUUAUUUAUUGCUCUGUGUUGCGACCAGAAUACAUUUGCAUUUGGAAGUGUUUCAAAAGCAUUUGGCACACUUUGGUUGUGUGGGUCUUAGAAACUAGCCUUCCCCAGUCUAAAGGGUAUUGGGAGCUAGAAUGCCCAGAAUUCCCUGGUGGCUGCCACUCCCAGAAUUCCUGUGAGCUGCACAGGCUAGGAAUUCUGGGGGCUGUAGUCCUGGUGCUUCCAGAAGGCGCCAACUUGGGAAAGGAUGACCUAGGCCCUUUGCAAUGGGCGUCUGUUUUGAAUUGCUCCUGCAGGUAACUGAAGGAAAGGACAACUCACGCAAGAGAAAAGCGGCAGCAAGAAUCUUUCCCAGAAGAAACAAUGGAGAAUAUCCAUGAACUACAACAUCCACUGUUGGGAAACCCGCCUAGCAAAACCCUCCUCCCUGGUGGGAUGCUAAGCUGGGCAGGUCCCCAGGACCGUUCUGGGCUGCUGUCCCACCACAUGCCAUCAAACCUCUCCUGGUUUUCCCCUGGCACCGCUCUUCUUCCCAACCAGCUCCUGGACCCCUGCAGCUUGUCGAGGACGGUGCAGUCCUCAAACCUCCCAGAGCCAAAGCUGUACCCGGAGCUGUGGAAACCCAGCAACUCCCAAGGCUGGAAGAAGACAGAUUACAUUGAAACCGCCUUUGGCGACGGCAGAGGGGCUGGCGAGCUGCCCCACAAGAUAGCCCUGGAGACGGAUAUUCAUACGGUCUGCUAUGAGGUGGGGGACAUGGAGCUGCCGGAGGUUGAGAACGACUCUUCAAGCGACAGCGACACAGAGAGCGAAAACAGCUUCUCCAUGUUGCAGCCUCAAGAUUAUCUGGGCCUGGCUGUUUUCUCAAUGCUGUGCUGCUUUUGGCCGCUAGGCAUUGCGGCGUUCUACCUGUCGCAAAAGACCAACAAAGCUUCAGCCAUGGGAGAUUAUCCCAGAGCGUGGACGGCCUCCCGUCAAACGUUUGCCCUGGCUGUCCUGUCCAUCAUUCUGGGCAUCUGCACCUACAUUGGUGCUGUGGUGGCCCUCAUCGCCUAUCUCUCCAACAAGGCCCCCACCUAAGACUUUCUGCCUCACCAAGAGCCGCUCUUCACCCUGUUCCUUGCCUCACCAUGGAACAGGAAAGGGAGGGGGAAGGCAGAAUGCAGACACGACAACAUUAAGACAUAUUCCCAUACCCUGGUUUUGUCAAGAAAGGAACCAGCCCAACUCUGUUCAGUUCAAGCUGACCGUUUCUUGGACCAAAGAGGAAUCGGUGGCAAGUUCACUUGCAAGAAGCUGGAAAAGAGACUGGGAGGAUAGCAAAAACUUGGAAAAGCACAGUCCUGAUCUGAGGCUCAACUUCCUGGGUCCUCUCCAGUCGGGAGGGCAGGGGGAGGCAUCAACCAGCCCACUUUUGCUGCCUUUCCCCUUGGAGCAAAGCGAAGGGACUGUUUAGACAAGCAGAACUCAUGGGACAUUGAGCAAGCAAAGAUGACCAUUGGCCCGGAGGAGGGCCUCUGUCUAGAGAUGUUCGGUUUGCUUGCCCCCACCCCCUUACAAAGCCCCCAAUUAUCUGUGCCCCUUGGUCAUGCUGCCUUUUCUACAGAGCCACUCAAUCCGCCAUGCCUGUGAUGGUCUGACCCCCUGGCUUCUCAAUAAAGGGUCAAGGCCCUGGGCCUCCUUUCACACCAGUUCCCGAGUGUCCUCUUCUGUGCUGAGUGACCCCACAAGGCAAGGGCUGCCUGAAAACAGUGUG